UGAAUUGCCAUUAAAUUUCUGUAAUACUUUUGGGUUCAAGAAACUCAGAGAUGGGCUUCCAUCAAGAACCAAAGAACAGGGUUCUUGCCUCUCUACUAGCUAUUUUAAGACUUUGCACCAAGCCAGCCAAGCGUCUUCUCUCAAGGAAUUCAGGAGGAGAAGGAGGAGGGAGGGAAGAGAUGUUGAGGCAUCAUCAUCCAUCUCAUACUCAAUCUCCAUUAAAUUCCCCAAGGAGGUUGCUGAACAAGAUCUGCAACAAGGCUGUCCCUAUAAAGCUGAAGUCAAGAAAAGGGGAAGAAGAGGAUGGUCAUGAGUUUGGAGAUGGAGGGUUGUGGCAGAAAACAAUCUUGAUGGGUGAGAAAUGUCAGCCACCUGAAUUCUCCGGUGUUAUUUACUAUGAUCAUAGAGGGAAAUUGUUAUCGGAGCCACCGAGAUCGCCGCGUGCCAGCCCUUACCCAUCUUCUAUUCCUCUCAGUCCAAGGUUGAGCUGAUCUUUCAGUCUUUUUUCUUUCUCCCCUUCGCCAUGUAAAAAAUGAAAGCAUUAAGUGCUUCAAUGAACGGAGGCUUUCUACCUCCUUGGUAUGGGAGUUUGGUUGCGAUGUUGAUCUUAGAUUUCUUAAUUGAUUUUUUUUAAACGCGUUGUUCCAUGUAAAGGAAACUGCAUCAUGUAUGAGUAUUCAAUGACACAUCCUUAGCUGAUU